AUGGCUUUGUCAACUACAAAUUCAAGCCCUUCGAAGGAUGACAUCAUAGGAUUCUCCCGUACCGGGACAUGGGCCUACAAGACUUACAUACAAAGAAAGACAGAGAAAAAAAAGGCACUAUGGCUAGUAGCGGCCAGUACAGUACACAGAAGGUUAUGUCAACUCGCCGGACCAUCUUUUAGAUCUUCAAAGGUAUCUCCUGAAGAAGAUUCUAAGGUUGUUGCAUUGAUAGACAUCGUAUCUCCUGAAGAAGAUUGUAAGGCUUUUCCAUUGAUAGCCAUCAAAUCCAUGUCAGUAAGACUACUAAUUUAUAAUCUUGUCUUUCCAGAUAUUCCGACCCCAACAACAAUGACAUCAAAUACCAGAAGAAGUCACUCUGAGAUUUAUUCGCCAGCCAUCAUCAAUACCGACAUUACAACUACUGGCACUUCAAACACAGCUUCCACCUCCGACCUCAGUGCUUUUACAAACCAUUCCUCUGUGGCCUGUAUUGGUUCACAUAAAUUUGGUGCUGACAAAGUUGAGGGACCUAGAAAGCGCCUCAUUGGUUCAGAGCAAACAAUUGAAACGCGACCAGCUAAGCGCCUCAUGACCCUCUCAACUGCCACGACUGCCGGCCAAAUUCGACCUCCAUCUCAAGUCCGCUAUAUUGGUGCAAGCAAGCGAGCACAAUCAAUCAUGACUGGUACGAAAAAUCAUAUUGAAGGCCCCCAAAUCACUCUACCCAGUCCUUUGUUUGCAAGUACCCAUAACCAGACUAGCAACACAGCGGACUCCAAUUCCAACAACACUUCAGGUCAUAAUAACCAUGCUAGAACUCAUGUUGACCAAGCGUUUGAACACCAAAGUACCGUUGUUCCUGUCCCUGAGCACCCCAAUUGUAACUGUCAUCAAAUGAUGGGGAGUCUACUGCUGGAAAUUCAUGGCCACCUCGACCGCAUUGCAGGACUUUUAUCACAUUUCCAGGCGUGA